CUAGCAUUUGUAACAUCCCCCAGCUGCAGGCCAGGUUGCUCUUCAGGUGGCUGAUCUCGGGCGAACCUCCGGACAGAUCCCACCCCACCCCUGGGGAAGGACUCAGGAGGCAGCUGCUGAGAUCUGCCAUCCCUGGCCCCAGUGCCCUCUCUGUGCCAACUCAAAGUCACCUUUGCUCCAACUCGUCAGCUGGCUGGCCAGGACACCCUCCCAUUUGGCCCAGCAGGAUCCAGGAACUGGUCCCUAUUGGGCAAUCAUUAAUCGGAUUCUUGACAUUCCUGGGCCUGGGUCCACCUGAGAAGCAUGCUCCCCGGAGGAGCAGAGGCCCAGGACUGGCAUUUGGACAUGCAGCUCAUGGGCAAGGUAGUGCUGUCUGCUGUUGCGCUGCUCCUGGUGACGGCAGCCUACAGACUGUACAAGUCGAGGCCUGCCCACGCACCACAGAAGGGUGGGAACACUGAGGCCAAAGCUGAGAAGGAAGCAGAGGCCUCAGGGCAGCCUGCUGUCCAGAGUGCUUCUCCGGGGACACUCCAGAGGCGGCCGAGACGUCAGAGGAGUAGCCACAACGCUGGAGCACCAUUGGGCUGCAGCUGGGAGGUCCCGGGAAGCCCCUGUGUCUUGGCUCUGGGAGCCACUGGCAGAGACAGGAAGCCCCCGAGUAAAGGCAGGCAGUGCCCGAGCUCUGAGCAGGUACCUCCUUGCUGCUGUGACCAGGAAACCGGAACAGCUGUUGACGGUAAGCUCACCCCUCCCUGCAGCUCUCUAGCUGAACUUGCCUCGUCAGUGGACGGCAGCUGUGUGGGUGGUGAACUGGCUACAUGGAUGGACAGUGGGUCCUCAGAGCAACCAGAGCCAGGGAAGCUGGGACCCCCUCAGAGCUGGGUGGCCCCCAUGGAAGAUAGCAGUGACAUGAACCAGAGCUGGGUCUUCAGCCAUGUGACAGGAGUGAGCAGAGAAGAGGCCGGGACGGUCCAGGCUGCCUCAGACAUGGACCUGGCCGUGCAGCAGCAAGAGGGAGCCACCAACUCUUCUUAUACCUUCUCAUCCAUGGCACGGGUCCGAAUGGAAGAGAAUUUCAUACAGAAGGCAGAGAGGCCAGGGCCCCAGCUGAAGGGCAAGGUGUACGAUUACUAUGUGGAAUCCACUUCCCAGGCCACAUCCAGGCUGGCCCCCAGGAGAGCAGCUCUGGCCGAAGCUCCCACCCCUGGGCCAGUGCUAGAGACCCUGGAAACAGGAGCAUCCUCCAGAGGCCAAGCUGGUGAUGCAGAGGGUGGGGCCAAAGCAAUUGCCUCCCCGAAGCCAGUGCUAUCACCCUCUGUACAUGGCUUCAGCAGGAAGGAGAGUCUCCUGGAGAUCUCGGAGAACCCAGAGCUCCAGCUCCAGCCUGAUGGCUUUGGGGCGCCUGCUCCAGACCACCCAGACCAGGGUACCUUGCCUGGUUUAUCCGGAUACAGUGGGGAGCCCCACGUACAGCUGGUGGCUAGGACCAAUUUCUUCCACCUCCCCCUCAGUCCCACUUCUGCCUUGGACAUCUGCCUGGAUCUGGGCAAUUGCUAUGAGGUGCUGACCUUGGCCAAGAGACAGAACCUGGAGGCCCUCAAGGAGGCAGCCUACAAGGUGAUGAGCGACAACUACCUCCAGGUGCUCAGAAGCCCGGACAUCUAUGGGUGCCUGAGUGGUACAGAGCGGGAACUGAUCCUCCGGCGAAGGCUCCGUGGCCGCAAGUGCCUGGUGGUGUCCGACAUGUGCCCCCAGGAAAACUGUGGCCACCUCUGUUGCUAUGAUGAUGAGCAGGAUGCCUGGUACCCCCUGGCCCAGCUGCCCCCUGAAGCAGUGUCCCGGGGAUGUGCCGUCUGCAGCCUCUUCAAUUAUCUCUUUGUGGUGUCUGGCUGCCAGGGGUCUGGGUAUCAGCCUUCCAACCGUGUCUUCUGCUAUAACCCACUGACAGGGAUCUGGAGCGAGGUGAGUUCGCUGAACCAGGCCCGGCCUCACUGCCGGCUGGUGGCUCUGGAUGGCCACCUGUAUGCUAUCGGGGGCGAGUGUCUGAACACAGUGGAGCGUUACGACCCUCGUCUGGACCGCUGGGCCUUUGCCCCUCCACUCCCCAGUGACGCGUUUGCCCUGGCACACACAGCCACGGUGUGUGCUGGUGAGAUCUUCGUCACAGGUGGCACGCUGCGCUACCUGCUGCUCCGAUUCUCAGCCCAGGAUCACCGCUGGUGGGCCAGCCCCACGGGUGGUAGCAAGGACCGCACGGCUGAGAUGGUGGCUGUCAACGGCUUCCUCUACCGCUUUGACCUAAACCGCAGCCUGGGCAUCAGCGUGUACCGCUGCAGUGCCAGCACACGGCUCUGGUACGAGUGUGCCACGUUCCGGAUGCCCUACCCGGACGCCUUCCAGUGUGCCGUGGUGGACACCCGCAUCUACUGUGUGGGGCGCCAGCGCACACUCUGCUUCCUGGCCGACCACGUCUCACCCAGGUUUGUGCCCAAGGAGCUGCAACACUUCCCAUCCCCUCGGGGCACCCUCCUGCCCACUGUCCUCACCCUGCCUGGCCCCAUUGUGCCUCAAACCAGGGUCUAGCAGCCCUCUGCUGGGCUCCCCAAGGCAAAACAGAAGGCAGAGUCCCACUCCUGCCUAUCACUCCGGGGGUCUGGGAAUUUGGCCGUAAUGAGGGGAAUUCUAACCCUUCCUCCUCUAGUUUCAGGGUCUCAGAUGGGCCUUUCCCCUUCGUGGGCUUCAGAGGCCUGCCUAACAGAAUAUUAAAGCUAGGGACCAGCCUUCCAAGGCAGAAGAAAGACAUCGCAUCAGCAUGGAUGACCACCACCUUGCUUCAUAUCUAAAUUCUUGGGGGCUACAUCAGGACCCCACCAAAACUUAGAGCAUAGCCUUAUCCAACCACAGCACUAGAGGCCCCUCAAGCUAUUCCCUCUAGAGAUGGGCCUGACCUCUGUGAGCCUCCAGCGCCCCUUCCUAAACUGGGCCCCACCUUUAAUUUACCCAGAAGCUCCUGGGGCACAGGUGGGGAAAUUCAAAGGAGGUGGUUUGGGCAGGACCAGGAAAGAGGUAGGGGUACAGCCAGGAGAGAGGGCUGCAGCUGUCAAUCAGCUGAAGUUGAAGGUGCCCACGGUCACUCUUGUCUGCAGAGUAAAUUUACCCAACUCUACUUUCUCUUGUUCCCUGGAAUUCUGUGUACUGGAAGGAGGAGAAACUAGCCAUCUUCCCACAGAGGUCUACUCAGAAUACAAUUGAUUCUAUAAACAACGAGGUCUCAGGAGAGGGAGGAGCUGAUGUGAUCCAAGGCCACCUUCCUUCUAGGCCCCUGCUCAUAUCCACUGCUCCCUGACCCCAGCAGUCUUUCCCUAGACCUCAGAAUCCUUUCAGGUGACCCAGCUUCUGUGUGGAAGCCCACUACCUGUCAGCAUUUUGGGGCUGGUGAGAGGGCACAGCAGGACUGGCCUUCCCUAUGCCACGUGGUCACCUGAUUAGUCUCAUCAGUCAAGGAAGGACCAGGAAGGGGCCAGUCUAUCAUAGAGCUGCAGAGCUGGCAGAUUCCACUGGAGCAGCCAGAGGCUGGAUUUCCUUUCACAGAAGGUUUGGUGAAUUCUGAAAUGGAAGAGACUCAGCCUCAGGAAGGCACCCACUCUUCCUUAAAGGAAGGGAGAGGGGUUGGUCCACUCUACCCCCAAAGCCCUUAUUUCCUCUCCAAGAGAUACAAAGAUCAGACCCAAAAGCAGUUCUUGGCCCCAGCCUGGAGCAGGAGACUAAUUUCUCCUCCUUCCAGUACAGCUCAUCUACCUCCCUUGUGGUCCCAUGGCAGACAUCACUAAUCAAUGCCGUAACUUUUCUGAAGGAAUCCUUAUAAUGGCCUCAAAACUGUACCCAUUCUGAGUUCUGGCAGUCAUAGUAAUUACCAACAGAUCAGCGCUGGGAGCUGGAUUUAAGGAUGGAGAUGGACAGGACAUCUUGGUGAAGCAACAUGGCUCAGGGAACCUGGAAAACCCCUCAGGGGGCAUGAUGCCAGGAUCCAUCCAUUUGCUGGUAAAAUAAUAGCAUUUAAAGCACUUAUAGACUAUUUGGACUGAUGACACAGCAGAUAUCUGCCCUAAUGGAGCUCACAUCCUAGUGGAAGAAAAAGGGGAAUUUUUUUUAAUAAAACCAACACAGAGACAAAUACUUUGAACCCAUGCUGCAUAGGUGCUAAAGGGAAAGGUUGAGGGAAAGGACUGCUCUUUCAAACAGUGUGAUCAGCCUCCCUGGUGGGAUGGAAUCUGAGCGGGGACCCCAGUGGAAAUCUGGGAGAUGCACAGACCAGGAACUGAAAGGCUGGCUCCUGCUGCACCACAUCAGCUGGCGAGGACAGGGCUCCUUCCGUGCUGUGCCAUCUUGGUAUAGAGGAAAGGCCGGGUGGCUCAGCUAUUCUGACUGGGCCUUGGUACAAGGAAAAGAAUUCAAUCACACCAACACUUGUGAAACAGACAUAUUAUAUGGGAACAAGCUACAUUCCCCAGGAGAGAAGCAGAGUUUGCACAUUCAGGGGUGAGGGCCAAUGUAAUCACCAGGAUGUUGUAGACAUCAUCUUCAGUGUGCAGCUGAGUAAUAGUGUGAUGACAUCUAGGAUUUCCACUUGACCUUGUUUAAUAGCCUGGGGUCUAUGGACCUCUUGCUCUUGGAUCAGAGUGGCUUCUAUCUCUUGGCUUUCUGUGGAUCAUCUGUCAUGCUUUCCCCAGUAAGAGUUCUUUCUUCUUUAGGAAAAAAAAAAUAAUUAAGUCUGUGUUAUUUUUCAUUUUAAGCCACCCUUGCCUGUUAUAGAAAAAAAAUUGGAAAAUAGAGAAAAGUAUGAAAAUACUCUCCAAUUUUGCCACCCAAAGACAUCCCCUCCCAUGGUGCAGACCCCCACCCCCAAUUUUUUCUUCUGUGCAGUUUUUGUUCCGCUCGAUUUUUGCCUAGGUAUGAUUAUGCUGAAUAUACAAUUCAGCUGCUUCCUUUCUUCACAUAGCAUUUUAGAAUAAGCGUUUUCCCAUGUUAUUACAAACUCUCAGUAAACAUCAUUUCAAUAGUUGUACAAUAUUCCGCCGAGUGAAUGUAUCACGGUUUAUUUAAACAUUUUCCCCUCUUGUUGGGCCUGUGGAUUUUUUUUUUCCCAGUUGGUUUCUUUUUGUAUCAGAAAUAAAACAUCCUUUGUUUUCUUGUC